UGUUUUCACCUCACAAACACUACUCAACAUUUGUUUUUCUCCUUGUUUCAGAACUUUUUUUUUUUAUACUCUUUUUGAACCCGGGUUUUGGCAUUAGAUUUCCUGGAGACAAGAGGAGGUAGAGGUCAGCGUAAUGUGUCGUGGCGGCCUAUAACAGCCCAGUUAUUCAAUGAUAGUGACGUUGACCUAUAAUCAACAUUUCAAAAAUGAAGAUGACAAUGGACAAAAUACAUAAGUUAUUGCAUAUAGGCAUUUAAGGAUUUGUGAUGUGGCUUCAUGUCUUUAUGCUGAAGAAAUGUGAAGUACAUUGCAUUUCAAUGUUGAAGUAGCAAGAACCUUUAUAAGAAGAUUAUAAUGUCUUCAACUUCAGACAAUGAUCCUCACAGCAUUAAAAGAGAGGAACUUUUGUCUGGCUUGCUUUCAACAGUUCAAGGAUGUCAGGUGAGGUUUGGAGGAUGUGCUGAGCUUGCAACAGAGACAGAUGAACGAGUUGCUUCUCUCUGCGCUAAACUUGAGUGCGCACUCUCCUAUGGCCUCAAACUACGCUCCCCCAGCAGAGGUCUUGCUGCAAUUAAACAGGUGACAGGCAUAGUGACCUCUGGAUUAAAUCUUCACCUUAAUCUUCCUGGAGCUGACACAGAAGUGCCUGUUUUAUGGUGGUACGUGCGAGAGCUCUUGACCCGGCAUGAAUAUGAGCGCUUUCUACUUUUGAAAAAUAUUACAUCUGAUGUUGGAAGAGGACGUGCCUGGUUAAGGAGUUUACUCAAUGAACAUUCCCUUGAGCGUUAUAUGCAUAUCGUUGUCUGUGAUGAGAUCCUGCUUCAACAGUGGUAUGAACCAUGGGCUCUCCUUCGGGACCAAGAAAGGGCAGCAAUGCUGCCUAAUUUGGCAGCUGGUCUGGAUUCUAUACUGUUUGCCAUUAACAUUGACAAUGUUGAGCUAAAUGCUGGGAGCCAAAAUGAAUUUCGUGCCAAAGUCGAUGCCAUACCUAAUGUGAAACCUGAACCUGAAGCUCAGAUAGCUAGCACUUCAGAUGCUGACCAUACCAGUGGUUCAUUGGUUUCAAGAAAGAGAGAUCUUAGAAGAAGAAGAAAGAAGAUACCUUCUCAGUUAAUAUCCUUUGACGAUGACCUUUCGAGACCUGAUCGACCAGAUGUAAAUUCACCGCUAUAUCACAGUGCCCCCACAACAUGUCUCAGUUCCCCAGCUCCAACCACCGCUGCUUCAACACCAUAUGCAGAUCGCUUGGAGAGAUUGGUACAUCUACAUGAAUUGCAACAGAAUAAGGAAAUUCUAAAAUCAGUCAGUGAAUUCUCUAAUGGCCAAAAGAGCCUUCCUAGAACUUACUGUGAAAUGGGAAACAACAGCGAGAAAUUAAGAGUGGAAGACGAGAUUGGGAGUCCCCUUCAAGACACUGAUAAUUUAGAAACCAGCCUUCCUGCCAUUAACAAGAAUAUCACUUAUGAUGAUGAAUCAUUGAAUGAACCAAGCUAUCAGCAACUGUUUGAAAAUAUAUUGCCAAAAAAACUAGAUGAGUCAUCUGAAAAUAGUGAGAACAUUUUGAAUGACAGCAACACAGCAACAGCCAAUAUGCCACUCUUGAAAUCUCAGCGACCCAACAGUUUAUAUGAUCAAGAAACUGGAUCAUAUAAAUCUAGUCAGUCCAACUUUUCAGCAGAAAGUUUUCCAUCAAGUGAAGGUGACACAGGAGCUGUAUUUACUCCAGUGGGUGGGAUUGGCAUUGGAGGACUGAUUCCCAUUAGUCCAAGAGGCCUUGCUACCUUUGAUGGCAUUCGUUCAGAUGAUGAAACCUCUAUACAUAGCUACACUCAGGAGGUUGAUGAAGCAGUAGCAGCUGUUGCAGAUAUUGUUGAAGCUCAGGGAAGGACUGGGGUCAUCAGUCCUAGCUCUGUAUCCUCAACAUUACCCAGUCCUUCAAGUGGUGACACUACUUUAACUGUAGAUGAACUAAAAUCCGCUGUUUUAGAGAUUAGCCGAGCUCGAGAUGCUGCAGAGGGUCGUAGGGUUGAAGUUGCUGCAGCACUUACUAUGGAAAUGGAAACAACAUCCAUGCUUAGAGCUGAGAUAGCUCUUCAACAGAGUCAGCACCAAGAAACUCUUGAUAAGUUAAAUAUGAAAGUCAACACUCUGACCAGGGAAAAUGAAUUACUAAAACACCAGUUGAAGAAAUACGUGGGAGCAGUGCAACUCCUUCGCCGGGAAGGAGUCAAUGAAGGAGCAGUUGUACCACUCAGCAAACCUAAUCCAGAUUACCGAGAUUACCACCAUGAAGCUGCUGCCUAUGAAAGAAAACUCAUUCAGGUUGCAGAAAUGCAUGGGGAAUUGAUGGAAUUUAACGAGCGGUUACAAAAGCUAUUAAGGGUGCGGGAAGCACAGGUUUGCCGUCUCCGUGAACAACUGGUAGAACUCAGAGGUCCUUUACCAGUUGAACAUGAUGAUAAUGAGUUCCAAGAUACCACGAGCAUUACCAGUGACCCAGAUACAUUGACUUGCUCCACCACUCCAUGCACACUUAUCAAUAUCUGGAUUCCUACUGCCUUCUUAACUGGUACCUCUGCUGAUACUCAUCAUGUUUAUCAGAUUUACAUUCGUAUCCGAGAUGAUGAAUGGAAUGUUUAUCGUCGGUUUGCUCAGUUUUAUGAGCUUCAUAAGCAGCUUAAAAAAAAGGAUCCCAUUGUUAAGUCUUUUGAUUUCCCACAGAAAAAAACCUUUGGAUAUAAGGACGAUGGUGUUGUGGAAGAGCGACGCAUUCGUCUCCAACAGUAUGUUCGGCAAGUGGUGAACCAUCUUCUUACCUCUCAUCCACAGCUCACAUCUUCGCCAGACAAAUCAACGUUUACCAGCCUAUUGCCAUUUUUUGCAGAUGUGCAUCAGUCACAGUGCAGUGGUGGGGGUAGCAGCUCUAGCAACAGAACAAGACCGUCAAGAAGAGGAGUUCUCUCUCGAUUUACUGCAUCACGUCACGAUCAACAAUCUCCAGUACCAGAUAUGCCACAAUACAAUGGCUUAUAAUAUUGAUCAUUAACAUAAUUAUUGGUGUUUUUUUUUUACUGGUAAUCAAAAUGUGAAUACUCUAUUUGAAUCUGAAACAAAUGGUAUAUGACAGUUUAUACAUUCAUAUAAGAUGAUUAUAUACUCACUUAUAUGUAGCUACAGGAGCUGAGUCUUAAUUCUGGCCCCAAUUCUCAACUAACUGCUUGCCAGAUUCACUCCCUCCAGGCCUUGUGGACCUUGUUGUACCUGCUCUUAAAGCUAUGUGUAGAGCCUGCCUCCACCACUUCACCAAAAUUGUUCCACUUUCUGACUACCCUGAGACUGAAGAAAUACUUCCUGACAUUCCUGUGGCUCAUCUGUGUUUUUAACUUCCAGCUAUGUCCCAAAGUUUCUAUUUCUUGCCUUUCAAACAGACUCUUCCUGUCUACCCUAUCAAUUCCCUAUGUAUUUUGUGUUGUUAUAUCUCCCAUGGUUCUUCUAUCCUCCAAUGUCAUUAGAUUCAAUUCCUCUUAACGCUGAAACAAACCUUGUUGAAAUCUGCAGUUUCUCCUGUUUUUUAACAUGCUUCUUCAGGAGUGGGUUCCAUACUAGUUCUGCAUUCUCCGAAAAAAAAAGCCCGACAUAUGUUGUGUAAAGUGUCCAGAAAGACAUAAAUGUAUGUUUACAUAUGCAAACAAUUGCAGACGGGCGAUCUUAACUAUGCAGGACAAGCCAUGGGGGGGAGGGGGGGAAAUCUUUAGCUCAAAUACUUUCACACUUCUCAGUGCAUCAUCAGGAGCUGUGCAAUGUUGCAAUGUAGGUGUCACCGGCCACGGUUACCCUAAGGGUAACCGUGGCCAAUGACACCUACGCUACUCUGAGACCUCUCUCGCUGCUUCGGUUGCUCCCUUGCAACAUUGCACAGCUCCUGAUGGCACACUGAGAAGUGUGAAAGUACUUGAGCUAAAGAUUCACCCCCCUAGUGGCUUGUCCUGCAUGUUUAUGUAUGUACACACAUAUGUAAGUACUUAUCUAUGUGUGGCUGCAGGGGUCGAGUCUCUGCUCCUUGCCCUGCCUCUUGCCUUGUUGCUUGCCAGAUUCACUCCCUUCUUCAUGGAGACCAUUUCACUGUCCAACCAUCCUGAGACUGAAGAAAUACUUCCUGCCAUCCUUGUGGCUUAGUACCUGGCCCCAAAUCUCAACCUGCUGCUUGCUAGAUUCACUCCCUCCUAACCUCAUGGGCAUUAUCGUACCUGCUCUAAAGCUAUGUAUGGAGCCUGCCUCCACUACUUCACCAUGAUCAUUCCAAUUUCUGACCACCCUGAGACUAAAGAAAUACUUCCUGACAUCCCUGUGGCUCAUCUGUGUUUUCAACUUCCAGCUGUGUGUCUGAGUUUCUAUUUCUCACCUCUCAAACAGCCCUAUCAAUUUCUGUGAGUAUUUUGUGUGCUGUUAUCACAUCUUCCCUGGUUCUUCUAACCUCUAAUGUCAUUCGAUUCAGUUCCAUUAGCCUCUCCUCAUAGCUCAUACCUCUUAACUCAGGAACAAGCCUUGUUGUGUGCUACUGCACUCUCUCCAGUUUCUGAACAUGCUUCCUCAGGCGUGGGUUCCAUAAUGGUGCUGCAUAAUCCCAGAUAGGCCUGACAUACAUUGUAUAAAAUAUCCAAAAAUACUCUGUGUUGAGAAUCCUGAACACUACUCUUAGAUUUGCCAGGCGAGCACUGGCUAUAGAGGUUAGUCAGUUGAUGUGAGCCUCCUGCAAAAUAAAUGGGCUUACCCUUAUGUCUAGACCCACCCGGGAAUUGAACAUGGGUCUUUUUGAUUGUGAGCCAAAUGCUUUCCCAGUUAGUUACUGUUGAAUGUAUGUAUAUGUAUGUACAUGUGUGUAUAUAUUCUUUCUUUCAAUGCACCAGCCGUAUCCCACGGAAGCAGGGUGGCUCAAAAAGAAAAACAAAAGUUUCUCUUUAUAAAUUUAGUAAUGUAUACAGGAGAAGGGGUUGCUAGCCUUUCGCUCCUGUCAUUUUAGUCGCCUCUUACGACACGUAUAGCUUAUGGAGGAAGAAUUCUGUUUCACUUUCCCAUGGAGGUAUGUAUACAUAUGUUUAUGUAUAUAUGUGUGUUUAUGUAUAUGAAUGUAUGUAUGUGUGUGUGUGUAUAUUCACAUAUAUGUAUACGCACACACAUGGACACACAUGAACAUGCAAACACAUUUGUGUGCACACACACAUGGACACACACAGUCAUUCAUUUAUAUUUAUAUUAUUGAAAGGUUAUAAUUUUCUACUGUGCAUAACAGUGGAUCUUGCUACUCAUAAUUAUCUCAUUAUUUAUAUGUUGCUAUACAUGUGCUAAAGAUUUAGAAUAUUUAUUGUAUCAGUUUCCAUAUUAUCUCAAGAAAGUAUUUUCUGGUAGCUUCAGUGUCUUAGAUAAUGUGCUACAAUGUCUUAUUCACACGAGAGUAUGUUAUGAUGUAUUUUCAAGUCUUUGCUGAAGUGACAGUAGGUUUUUAAAUUACCACCAGGUUGAUGAUAAAUAAGACUCCUGUGCAACAUUGGGAAUAUUUAUUCUGGAAACAUUUUGCCAGCCAGUAGCUUCUUCAGUUCAGUGUAGAGAAAUGUUGGAAGAUGAGGAGGAGUUUAAGUUAAUCAGUCCCUCAGCCUGGAGGCUGAGAGACUGAUUAACUCCUCUUUUUUAGCCUGGAGGCUGAAGGACUGAUUACCUCAAACUCCUCCUCAUCAUCCAAUGUUUCUCCACAUUGGACUGCCAUUGGCUGGCAAAAUGUUUACAGAAUAAAUAUUCACAAAUGUUGCACAAGUGUUUUAUUUAUCUUCUUGUUGGUUUUUUAAACCAAUUAUUCAGAUUACCAGGUUAUUUUUAUCAAAUCAAAAUACAGCCUGUCCUCACUUAACGACGGACUUCCAUUUCUGAGACCAUGUCAUUAAAAGAAUUCGUCGCUAAAUGAAGUGCAUACUAUAAUGGUAGCAAGUUUGUGUCAACCAUCUUUGAUAUUGUCUUAAUAUCACCUUUGCACCAUUUAUAACAUUUCUGAUAUAUUUUUAAAUGUUUAUACAGUAGUGUAUUGUAUAUUGAAAUAAACAUAAUAGAGGAAAUCAGCUCGAAUAUACAUUUUUUGGGUAUGAAUACUGGUCAGAGAGCCCGUCGUAAGUCCGAGGUGUCGGUAAACGAGUACGUUGCUAAAUGAGGAGAGGCUGUAAUAAUACAUAAUAUCAUCUUAGAUGUUUAUUUGUUAUGUAUUGAAAUGUGUUUAGUAGUGCAGUACUACAGUAUUGUACAUGUGAACAUAAAAAAUAGCUUUUGAAAACCAUGUUCCCAGUGGCUUUAAUUAUUAGAAUAACUUUGUAGUCUCUCUCUCUCUCCCUGUUUCUUUUUCUUUCAUUUUCUUUUUUCAAGGGUGUGUCUUGAUGCUAGUGAAGGGCUCUUGAUUUAAUGAAUUUGGCCUAUGGUACAUUCCUAUCCUUGGAUAAAACUUGAUUACCUUCCAUUUCCCAGGUACUGAAUUCCUCAUUCUUCUUCCUCUUCUCCCUGUUUCUUUUCAUUUCAUUCUGAUAUUAAAGAGAUUAUUCUGUAUUGAAUUAAAUGUGUAUUUACAAAACUGUUAAUAUAAAGGAUUGUAAAAAAUUAAGUUGCUUGACUGAUAGAGAAUAUUAUUUGAUUAUAAGGUAUUAUGGUAUUAAAGUGUGCUAAUGUUAUUCAUUGAUACUAAUAAUAUAAUUUUCUGCAUUUUCUUUUAUAUAUUUUACUAGAGAAUAUAGCAAAUACUACAAUUAUUGGAGAUUCUACAACUGAAUAAAUACUCAGGAUGGGUUACCACAAGCAAGGCUCUUUCUCUUAUUACAAAGAGGCAAUGAUACAAAACUUCACUGCUGGUAUAUAUCCAUUUGUUUCUUUCUCAUUUCUUGAUGGAAUACUUUCAUGAAGACUCAAGUUAAUUCAACAAAAUUCAAGUGUUAAUAAUACAUACUUGAAUGAGCACAUCAAACAUGUACCCUAUGAUUGCCAGGUUGUGGGAUCAAAUUCCAUUCACUUAGAACAUUGUUAAGUUAGACACAUGUGCAACUCUUGGGUAUCUUUAUUGAGGAAACGUUUUGCCACACAGUGGCUUCAUCAGUCCAUACAAAGGAUAAUGUGUCUAAUUUAACAAUGUGUCGGUUCUUUGAACCAUUCGUCUACACUUAGAACAUAUCAAAGAAUUCCACAUGUUUGUUUGGCUUUCAAACAAGUGAAGCAGUUGCCAAUGCUUGCACUGAUAAUUCUGAAGAACAUGGAUAGUCACAGGAAGGCAGUUAUUGCACAGCUAAGAAAAAACAAGAAGAAAAAAUGCAUUCCUGGGGUUUGAGGGGAGAAGUCAGUGUUAAGAUGGAGAGAAUGUAAUUUUUUUUUUCAUGAAGUGCUAAACCUGUGAUGAUUAUUCAGCACAGGUUUAGCACAGGCCCAUUCUCUGAUUAAUCAAACUAUUGGUGAUAGCCUAGCUAGAAUGUAGCAAUCUAUGAAGUGGUGCUACAGAAUGAAUUUACCCACAAAGUGCUUAUCUAUCAUUUGGAGAUCCAGUUACAUAAUACUUUAUUAAAAUUACACUUAAUGCCCUCUGUGCAAGCUAAUUUUCUUUACAAGGCAACUCCUUUUAUUCCUUUGUAAUAUAUAUGUAAACAUCUGGUAACUAUUUCACUCAGUUUUGUGGCAGUUUUAGCUUAAAACUAGUAAUCAAUAACUACAAGGGUGGAGUCAUUGUUGGCACAAAUGUGUGGAGGUAGGAGUUUGCCAGGGACGUGGCCACAAAGGUAGGGGUUGGCCAGGGAUAUGGCCACUAAGGUAAGGGGUUGGCCAGAAACUUGGCCACCAAGCUUUCGUUUUUAAUCUCCAGCAUCCAAGACUUCCCCAGAGCCCCUUUCUGAAACUGUCAUUCUAUGUCGCAAAAUAUUCGAAAAAAAACAAAUUUUUUCUUACCAAAAUGUUAGGAUUAUUUUACCGAGUGCUUUAAGCCUAAAAUUUUUUUUUGCUAUCAGUAUUUACUGAGAUACAGAGGUGCAAAGUUGGCAGAAAAUGAGCGGCGUAUGGCAACAGCGGCGAAUGCUGCCCACCCGGUAUUCUUUUAUUUUACUCCAAUUCGAAGGUUUCUUGUAUUUUCCAAUAUUUUUCUUUUAUAAGUAACUUAUGUGGCCUGUGAGACCAAAGUAAGGUGCAUUGUUCACUCAUUGUUUACAACACAAUAACUGAACAAACAUUAUCACUAUUAGAUUGUGUAUAAAACUUGUUUACACAAGCAAACAAUACAAAACAUUGUUUAUUACUAUUGUUCCAUAAUAUAUAUACAUAUAUACAGUCACUGAACACUUUCCUAGACCUGCUGCAGCCUGUGGAACUCUUUGAAACAUGGGUAUAUGCAGAGUGGCACUUGACACUCCUCACACAUAAAAAAAGUGUCUGUGCAUGUUUGUGGGUGUUUUGUGUUAUGCCCACAAACAAAAUACCUCUUCUGAGCACUUUUCUUGAGUAGGAGGCAGUUGUAUGGGGUAGUGAUCACCAGGCCUCAAACGAGAUGGCGUGUGUUGGUAAUUUCGUGGGUGCUGGUCUAUUGCAGGUGUUGCUCCUUGGUACUUGGUGAUUAUUUGUCUGAUGACUGACAAACAAAAUUCACCAUAUUUUGGUUUGUUGUUGGUCCUCAACUUGUAUAAGCUAUAAACAUUUAGCAUGGAAAUAUCAAGAAGAUGGAAAAAAAAAAUUUAUAUACCACUUAUAACUCUUGCAUACACAAUCAGCAAACCCAAUCUGCAUGUCACAUUUGUCCACUAAGUGCAUAUUGAGGUUGUAGUCCAUGAUAGCUGCAGGUUUUAGAAUGAGUUCAUUGGUCUCUCUAUUGUGCCUGCCAGUGUGUGCCAUUUUGUUUCGGUGAACUGAUGUCAACAAUGUGACAUCACGUUUGUUAUGCCACCGAAAUGCCAUGAUGUCAUUGGCAACAAAGGCCUGCACCUCACCUCUGCGAGUGCCAGUGUCGAACUUUGGCAUAUGUUUACAAUUACCACGCACUGUGCCGUACACAUCUGUCAGGUUCACUCGCCUUACCAAGAUAUGGUUCCAUCAUUGUUCGAACCACAUCACCAGAGAUACCCAAUAACUUCCUGGUAUCUCUCAAUGUAUUACUGCCAGUGUACACAGUGAUAUCCAAAACGAGACCACUUUUGCAAUCACACAGUACAAAUAACUUUAUACCAAAGCGUUUCCUCUUGCUUGGUAUGUAUUGCUUGAAUGAGAGUCUUCCUUUGAAUAAGAUCAAAGACUUGUCAAUAACAAGCUUCCUGAAGGGAUAAAAAUACAUGCAACACUUUUGUUUCAGGUACAUAAACACAUUUCUGAUCUUAUAUAACCUGUCGCUUCUGUCAGGUCUUGUUUUGUCUGAAAAGUGUAUCAUACGUAACAGUAUCAAAAAACGAUUCACACCUAUAAUGUCACUAAAACCUGGGGUUGAAAUCAGGCGUUCUGUUGACCAGUAUGUGGUGACAGUGUGCUUAUACACAUGUGGCAUAAGCAUUAUUGUGGCAAAAAACAGGUACAUCUCUGCCACAGUUGUGUCCUUCCACUAGUGUAGCCGUGAUCUUGGUGAGAGAAUUGUAUUUGCAGUGGUGUACUCAUAGUAUGUGUUGGUUUCCCUGACAAUAAUGUCCAUCAGGGGUUCAUCGAAGAAUAACUGAAAGCAUUUCAGUUCAGUAGCAUUGUUCCCAAGUGUACACGAUGGCCGUAUUCCGCUUUGUGUUUCAUCAAAGUCAUGGGGACUGGGAACAAACUCGUCAUCUUCCUGCCAAUCCCAGAUGCGGUCUGCUGGUGGGUUCUGGAUAUUGAAACGUGGUUAUGGUUGUGCAGGUUGUGGGAGUGUGGGGUUGGGUGAGGCUGGUUGUAGUUGUGCAGAGUCAGCAGUGUCAGUAGUAGUGUGGCUCGCUGCUGGUGCCACAUAACUCAUGCCACCAUCACUAUCACCACCACCACCUGCUGCCUCACUCUCAUCAUUCAUACCCAUCGUAACAAUAUCGUCAUCUUCACUAUCAGGUCGUGGUGUAGGGCCACAGGAUGUGCUCCGAGAUUUACUCCUUACCCUUGGAACAGCAUAUAACACACUACCAGACCGCAUGCUACGUCGUAUAUACUGCUGCUUCACUGGGAAAUAUUCACCCUCACUGUCGCAACUAGAACUGCUUUCAGUAGCUUUAAAAUCACUAUCACUUUUACUGCUCACAUCUGAGUCUUGUACACGGGCAAAUAGUUUCCUCUUUCGUCCUGGUACAGGUGAACGUGAACGAGCUGGCCCAGCACCAGAGGUGGAAGGUCAUGGGUCAUCUGGGUUUUCAUCACAAAUCACAUUAUCCUGGGCACUGUUUCCAGUCACACUCGCUUGAAAACUAUGGAAUUCGCUUUCACUGACACUUCCAUCGCUGUUAGAGCUAUCACUUGGGAACAAAAGACCUCCAAUCCGCUGAGGAGUGAGGUACUUCUUACUGCGAGGCAUGGUGAAAAUGGACUACCAAGAUGGCGUUCCCACAAUGCAGGACUGAGUCUUAGAUUUUUUUCACAGGGUGCACACCCACCACUCAGACCCAUUCUCUCUCAUGUAGGCCUACCAGCUUUCUCCCGCUUGAUUUCCUCUUCAAGGGGGGCUCCUUGGCGUGGUGAAGAGGCUCUUGGUCUGAGGAAUUAGCCCUGUCGGUCUUCUUCCUCAGACCGAACCUAAUUACCCCCCAUUCUCCCCUCCCCUAUCCCAUCCUCCCCAUCCUCCCCUUUUUCCAUUCCUCCUCCUCCUCCUCCUCCUCACCCCUCCCUUUUGCCCUUCCUCUUUUUAGCCUUCGUGAUUUCUCCCACAGGCGCGCUAGUUCCUAGGUAGGGGAAAGGACACCGGGGUCCAUCCCAUUCCGUUGAGGUUUCUUGGCGGUGGCGUAGUUUUGCCGUGGAAUCUGGAUUGCCUAGGGAUGUCCCGAUCCCUCUCCGGUAUCCCGGAGUAGCUUUGGGUGUCUUUUGGGCGACGGGUGUAUCUCUGGAAGCCACCUUUCGGAUUCCGGGGGUGGUGGCUGAAGGAGGUAUGCUUUGUGGCGGAAAUAUCCGGCCGCCCUCUCUUUUGUCCACCGAGGUAGCUCGGCAGAUGUGAGGUUGCUAUCCCAGAUUGCUGGUUUACUGGCAUGAAGGGUAGGGUAUGGCACGGUUCCAUGCUGCAUCUGCGCUACUAGCGGUGUCGAGUCCUCUUGGGCGCGGAGGGAGAUUUCUGGCCCUUUCAUUCCUCCUAGGAACUAUCCCUCCCCGGUCCCCCCUUUUUUUUUUUUUUUUAUUUUUAUUUUUCUUUUCUUCUUUCUUUUUUUUUCUUAAAAACAAAAAGAAAGAAGUAACCUAACCAUGGCAGCCCUAGUCCAUGAACCUGGUACCCCCGGGCCCCUUCUUGAUACCGCCCACCCCG